AUGGAGGAAGAGAAACGAGCCAAGAACUCAGGCCAAGAGGAAAAUCGCUACCAAAAACUAAUUGCUCUCAUUGGGGACUUUGGGGAAGAAAAAGUCCCAAUACACAUAGAGAAGCUAAAAAGUGAGCUAAUUUCUGCUGAUCAGCAAUUUUAUGAAUUUUUGACUGAACUGUUAGCGAAAUGCAUCUCUUCAAUCCCAGGGAAGCAGCACAUUUAUGCUACAGUUCUAGCGAAGGUCUUUGAACAAAACUCAGCAUUGGUGAAAAUUGUGAUAGAUAAGCUCUUAGGUAUUUACAAAGAUAUCUUACAAGAAGGCAAUUUAUUGCGCAUAAAACUUGUGUUACGAUUUCUAGGAGAAGCUAGUGCUCUUCAUUUGAUCUCCUCAAGCUAUUUUAACUCUCUGCUAAACAGGCUAAUUUCUUUAUGGAGGGAAUAUAGCCAAACAACAUGGGAUUUUUUCCCCAACAUAUUAGCCAGCACCUUUCUCCAUGAAGGCCAACAAGUAGAUCAAGAAAUUUUUGCAUCUUUUAGAGAGCUUCUAAAGCUACCCAGGAAUCAUGCAUGGAAAAAAUAUUGCAAAAUUCAUCAAUAUCAAUCCGAAGAAGGUAGGCUAGAACAGCUAGAAAAGGCUGUUGAGCAUUUUUCGCUGCAAGGAUUCCCACAGCCAAGAUCUCUAAGCCUCUCCACUCCACUAAAUGAAGGAUUAACACUUGACGAGCCAGCAGCUACUCAAUGGAGUGAGAAAUGGAAAUACCAAAGUCCUCUCUGCUUUGACUUAUUAAAUACAGGACUAGACUCCAUUGAAAAUACACUUACAUAUGAAAAAGCUUCUGAAAUCAUUGAUGCUUUUAAAGCAAAAACCCGGCUUGCAGCAGAAAAACUUCUCGUCAUAAAUCAGCCUAAACUUGUAGUAAACGUGCUAAUUGAUGAACUUUUAACACUUCCUAAAUCUCCUUCUAAGCCUAUCAUAUACAGUUCUAUUCUUUUAAACUUACAGACUUCAAGCGCUGCCUCUAAUAUUUUUGAGCCUUUAAUAGAAGAAUCUAUAGAAACGCUAAUCUCUCUGCUUGAUACAAUUGAUUUUUCAGCCCUUGAAAAAUUUCAAGACUUCAUAGCUCAUUACAUUUCUAACCAGAAUUUCGUAUGGAACUGGCAGUCUUUUCUUAGCCGCGUCCCACUUACAGAAUCACAAAUUGCAUUUGUGAGAGGAGUCAUUUAUAAACUAGUCAGACUAUCCGAUGUAGAUUUUGUAAAGGCUGAGCUCCCUGAGCCUUUCCAUAUAUACCUGCCUGCAGACCCAGAAGCCCAUCUCCGGUUUGCAGAAAUUGAAGAAAGUGUAGACAACACUGAUUGCCAGCUGAUUAUUGAUAGAAUUAACUCUAGAGCUACAAAUCAGGCUAUGAAAGCUCUUUUAGCAUCAAAAGAAAUUUGCAGCUCAGGAGACUUUUUGCUGCAGAUCUUCUGUGAGUGCUUGUUUUUCCAAGGAGCCAAAAGUAUGCUUCAUAUAACUACUUAUCUGGAGAGGUAUUUUGAAAUUAUGAGCAGCAUUUCGGGGAUAAUUAUUUUAGAAAGCUUGGCUAAUGUAUGGAAAACUUCUCCACAGAGAAUUAGCUUGUUAGCACAAAAGCUGGUCCAGAUAAAACUGGUGGACUAUAAAGAAUUAACACAAUUUUGCGUUGGAAGAAUCGUGAAAGGAGACCAGUAUAAAGACUAUAACAGCUUAGAAUGGAACCUUCUUAAUUUCAUUGUGGAUGAAACUUCACAGAGCAGCAAAUUUGAAAUUGUAGACAUAGUGCUUAGAGGGGUUGAUCUGCUAAAUAGAAAUGCAGAGAAAAGAGCUAUAGAGUUCUUAACUCCCCUCCAUUUAAAUUGGAACAAGAUACAUGUAAAAUUUCAAAUUUUUUUGGUAUUUUAACGCUCUUUAAAUUGGAACAAAAUUUUUUCAAGAGGAAAAUUUUUAUUGUGAGGGAAUUAAUUUUUAUAAAAUUAAUUUUGAUCUAAUUUAAUGUAAAAAAUUCAAUAGAAUAUUAUUUAAACAGUUUUCGCACUGAAUUGAUAAACUUUUUUAAUUAAUUAUUCAUAAAAAUAAUUAAGAACCAAAGUAUCGCGCUCAAUUUAUAUUUUUUCAAAUUUUAAUAAAAAAAAAUAACCCCCUUUAAUUUCAGCAGGAUUUUAAGCUCCAAUUUAAAUGGGGGGAGCAAGAAGAGAAAUAAAAGACUUAGAUGAGCUGCAGUUUAAUGCGAUUGAAAAUCUUGUAAGAGAAAGGCUACCAACUGAUAUUUCAAGCCUUAAAAUAAUCGUUUAA